AUGUUCGCCAAACCGUAUAGGUUAAAAUCAAACAAAACUUUAAAAAACUCUGAAAAAAAAUGUCUAACUCAACGGAUACAGAGUGAGUUUCCUGUGGCAACGGAUGAGAAAGUCAAGGAAUUAGUGCCUUCAAAGUCUGCCACCAGUUGCAUGAAAGUAGUGCUUCAUUCAGGUGACACUGUGAGCGUCUACGUGGUAGAUGGAGUGCCAGUGAUGAUCGACAUGGGAGACAGACUUGUGCCUACUGUUUGCGCACUGUGGAAAGUUCCAGAAUUAGUUCCUACUAUAAGAAUUCAUACUCCAGUGCUGAGCAAGAUGCAAGGAGGGGCUCCACUGUACGCACCGGGUGUAGUGACUGAGGGCUGUUUUCCCCAGUUCCGUUGUGGAGCAGUGGUGGCAGCCUGCACCAGUGACAAUGCUGCAGCAGGAGUUGUUGGCCAGGCCAUGAUGUCUUCUGCUGAUCUAGUUAGAGCUCCUAUGGGAGUAUGUUUGGAGACGCUGCACGUGUACGGAGACCAGUUGUGUAAAGAGGAAAAGUUUUCCAAGAUUGACAGACCCAAACUAGGACCAGCUUCAUAUGACAACACUGCUGAUAACAUAGCCUUUGAUUUUAAUCAGUUAACCAUACAACCCAUAAGAGAAGAAUGGCCAAGCCUGGUUAAGGAGCCGAAACCCGCACCCGUAGCCAAUGUGCCAGUAAUCAUUCCUGAUGAACCAAAGGUGGAACCUGAUGUAACUCCUAAGCCAAUUCCGGAAACACAACCUGACGAAAAUGAAUUGAUUGAUGAGCUAAAUGAAUCUGUGACUACAGAUUGUUCAGAGAGCGAGGACCAGGUGCCUGCCGACAUGGACGGGUUGCUUCGGUGGUGCCUGCUGUCCUUCCUCAAGACUCAAGCCAAGCACAUCGAGUUGCCGCUAAAAACUAAUCUACUGUACAAAAACCACCUGAUGCCGUUCUGUCCAACUGAUAGGACUCUAGAAGUAAAGAAGUCUAGCUAUAAGAAGAUGGGGAAAUUCCUUGAAGCCAUGCAGAGGGAAGGCCUGGUCGAAGUCCGCGAGAUUGACAAAGGUGUGGACGCACUAGUGUCCGUCAACACGGCACACCCGCUGGUGCGGAGUCACAAAGCGCGUGCGCCUCAGAGCAAGGAGCCUGUGCAGGAGGAGGGCGACGCGCGCGAGUACGUGCCCCCGCAGAUAAGGGAGCUGUACUGCAUCACCGCCAACGUGCUCGACUUGUUCGCGCCACUCAGGAAGGGCACGGCGCUGGCAGCGGCAGACGUACGCCAGGCGUUGGUUCAGCACGUGGCACAGCGAGGCUUGGCGCAGGCACGUGGCUCUGUGCAACUCGACCAGCUAUUGGCCGCAGUGACGGGAAGGCAGCCGCAGGAGCUAAUGAAAUGGGAGGAGCUAACUACGUGCGUGCUCGGCCGCAUGACGCCCAGUACGGAGAUGCGGUUCGCCGACGGCACAGUCAAACUUACAAAAUCCAGGCUUGAACCCAUCAAGAUGCAGGUCGCCACUCGCAGUGGAAACAAAAAAGUGACACUGGUAUCGAACCUGGAGUCAUUCGGGUUCAGUUUGCGGCCACUGGCCCACGCCUGUCAGCUCCUCGCCGGCGCGUCUUGCGGCAUCACGCGCAGUGCGGCGUCGCGGACGGAUCAGUUGAUGCUGCAGGGAGACCAGACACAUCUUGUGGCGAAACUACUGAUAGAAAAGUAUGGGUUGCCUAAGAAGUUUGUGGAGGGCGCUGACAAGGCCCUUAAUAAGAAGAAAUAAACUUAUUAAUAAGUACUAUAAAGUAUACUUUUAUGUAUUUAGAUAAAUUGAAAUAAAACUGCCUAAAAUUAUCCUUAACCAUA